AAAUGUCACAAUUCGCAUAUCUACUGUCAAGUUAGUGUCAUCUGUCACGUAAUGGUGUAGUUUACUUUGCAUUUCGCGAUAGAAAACAAAAUUAUUUACCCAAAUAAACCGAAAACUCUCAUCCGAUAUAAUUUCUUAACAUUUGAAAAGAUUUUCCUUUUGUUAACCCCGUUCGUGCCUUCUUUGUGUUCUUUAUCGUGGUUAGCACAAGUGUUGUGGAUGUUGGAGGGACAAGAUGAGCAGCCAGCACCAGUACAUGUCAGUGAACAACACAUCUAGUUCACGCGUCGGGGACAUUGAGCAUAUUAACUUUUUUCGUUCAGGUCACCUGUCAGAGCACAUAGGGUCACUAUGCCUCUCGUCAGAGUACUCCGACGUGACACUCAUAGUGGAGGGUCAGAGGAUCCCCGCGCACAAGGUGAUCCUCGCGGCGAGCAGCGACUACUUCAGGGCAUUGCUCUACGGCGGCAUGAGGGAGGCCAAUCAGGCUGAAGUGGAGUUACAGGCGCCGCUGCAAGCGUUUAAAGCGCUUUUGCGAUAUGUCUAUUCCGGCGUGUUGCCAGGUCACAUGGGGCUGUCGAUGCUGCGCGAAGACACUGUCCUGGACAUGCUCGGACUGGCACACCAGUUUAACUUCCAGGAACUGGAAGCGGCCAUAUCUGAUUACUUGAGACAGGUGCUCGCACUGAGGAAUGUCUGUUCCGUGCUGGAUGCGGCUAGGUUGUAUGGUCUCGAUGCCCUCAUGGACUACUGCUACAACUUUCUAGAUAGAAAUGCGACGGACAUUCUACAGCACGACUCGUUUCUGCAACUAUCUGUGGAAGCAUUACAAGGUCUGUUGGAGCGCGACUCGUUCUUCGCGCCCGAAGUGGACAUAUUUAAGGCAGUGUGCAACUGGUUCAACGCCAACCAGCUGUGGGUCAAAUCAGAGGGUGGACAGGCGCAGGUGGAGAAGAUCCUGAAGUGCGUUCGCCUGACGCUGAUGAGCCUGGAGGAGCUGUUGACGGUGGUGCGUCCGUUUGCGCCGGUCACGCCCGACAUGCUCCUCGACGCCAUACAGGAGAAGACGCAGACCAAGAGCACUGAGCUAAGGCAUCGCGGGCUGCUGCUGCCGGAGGAGAACGUGGCGACGCCGAAGCGCGGCGCGCGCGUGAUCUCGGGCGACAUGCGCUCGGCGCUGCUCGACGGCGACACCGACAACUACGACAUGGAGCGCGGCUACACGCGCCACACCAUCAGCGACGCGCCCGACAACCCCGGCAUCGUCGUGCGCCUCGCCACCACCACCAUCAUCAACUACAUACGCCUGCUGCUCUGGGACAGGGACAACAGAUCGUACGCGUACUACAUCGAGGUGUCGGUGGACCAGAAGGACUGGGUGCGCGUGAUCGACCACAGCAACUACUUCUGCCGCUCGUGGCAGAACCUGUACUUCGAGCCGCGCGUGGUGCAGUACAUCAAGCUGGUCGGCACCAGCAACACAGUCAACAAGGUGAACAAUCUUUAUGUUGUGUUCCACGCGGUGUCGCUGGAGGCGCUGCACACGGCGCGCGUGCCGCCGCUCUGCAACGGACUCAUCAAGCCCGUGCACAACGUCGCCACCGUCGAGCUCUCCGCCGUCGUCAUCGAGGGCAUCAGUCGUUCCCGCAACGCGCUGCUGAACGGCGACACGGAGCACUACGACUGGGACCAGGGCUACACGUGCCACCAGCUCGGCUCCGGCGCCAUCGUGGUGCAGCUCGCGCAGCCCUACAUGCUCUCCUCCAUCCGCAUGCUGCUGUGGGACUGCGACUACCGGCACUACUCCUACUACGUCGAGACCUCGCUCAACUACUGGGACUGGGAGAUGGUGGCGGAUCGGACUCGGGACGCUUGUAGGUCCUGGCAAGUGAUUUACUUCACACCGCGGCCGGUCUCCAUCAUCAGAAUAAUCGGCACCAACAACUCUGUUAACGAGGUGUUCCACCUGGUGCACCUGGAGUGCCCAGCGCAAGUGGAGGAGGCUCGCGAGGACCCCGCCGCCAAGAAACAGAGACCCUCACCGCAGGAGAACAGGCUGAACCCCAGCAAUGGCUCGAGCAGUGACGCGUCGCGUGCGUCCCCCCCUCCCGCGGCGGAGGGGCCGGCAGAUCCCCCCCGCGCGCGGUCGCUGCCGCCCGCCGAGACCGCCACAGAGGCGGACGAGUACAACGACUGACCCGCCAUCCGCCCCAGAAGCGCCGCCGCACGUACUGACGACCUCUCCAGCUGCCUACCCGUGUGAAUUGACAUCCGUUUCUAGAAUAUUCUGAAGAUGGAUCUGUCUAUCUAUCCUCUGUCAGAAGAUAGAAGUAUGUGUCUAAUAUCCAUUGUAACUUAACAUAUUAUUGGGUGUUUUUACGUAAACACAACAAAGUGAUUUCACUAGAUUUCGUAAGCGUAGUGAGGUCGAAUAGUAUAGUAGCGAGGAAUUUUGUGUUUCUCGGCCGGCACAAUUAUAAACAUCAGACGAAAAACUUGCUCACCUUUUUUAAUUAUUUAAUAUGACUUCUUAAAUCGAUGAUACAAUUCGGUAAGAUAAAUCUGUGUCAGUAAAUUUUGAAUAAUUAUGCAUUUCGUGCAUUGGCUCUACACUGAUAAGGUCUAUGUUAAUAAUCUUGAACUUAUUUAGUUUAAAUACAGAAGUUUUAAUAUGUUGCAAUAAGGAGCAUCUCCACCAAGCACAUCUAUGUAUAUUAUAUAAGAAAAAAAUAAGUGACUUAAAAGUCGUUACCCAACAAUACUACAUAAGAGGUGGUACGUCCCUUGCAAUCUUCUUUAUAGGAACUUGCACUACAUGCGUUAGUUAGUUGGGUACCCAUAAAUAAAACAUUAAUAUAUGCAACAAUCACAAGAUUACCUGUUUAGUUAUUUAGUUUUUAAGCGCAUUUUUCUAGUCUUUACUGUAUAUGUUGUAAUUUUCUCUUCUAAAUAUAAGGGCGGUUUUUGAAUGAUCCGAUGUUUUGAUUUGAUAGUAUUAAAAUGUAUUUGGAAUCUAUGUAUUAGGCGUCAGUACUCGUUGAGUAUGCGAUGUUAGCAUUAUCGAUAUCGAUUAUUCUAUUGUAUAAACAGGAUACAUACUCGGCACAUGGAAUUUUUAUUCACCCACAUUUAAUUAUUCUCAUGCACUUGUACAAAAUUGUAAUGGCCACUGUAAUCGAAAACUGUUAUAUACUUAUACUUUUCAAUUACCGAUAUUGUAACUUUUGAUCGAGUCACUAGUUAGUUAGUUAGUGUUUGUCAUUGAUUUGAAAGAGAUUUUCUAAUCAAAAAUCGCUCUUAAUAAUAUAAUAAUUAAGCACAGUUUAGGUAAGUUUUUUUGUCAUUCAUAUUAUCGAUAGUUUACAAAAUAAUGUAGUAUUAAAUAAUGUUAAGCUGUUUUUUUCAUGUCAUAUAAGGAACCUAUCAAUUUAUAAUGCAUAUAACAUUUAGAAUAACAUAAAAACAAAUAUCCAUAAAACUAUAAUUCUCAAUUAUAUUACAGAUAACUUCAUCAAUAAUUUUCAUAUGUUAAUUAUACUGAAUAUCAAGUAUACUUACUAGAUGUAGAAAAGUAAAAUUUGGACGAAUGAAUGAAAAUGAACUGAAUAUUACUCAAGAGUUUCCUUGAGUGGUGUGAUAAUGACUUACGCAGUAGAAUGUAAAGGGUUCACAGUAGAACUGUUGAUCCUGUCAUAUCACAGUGAGAUUAUGAAAUUCUUGCAAAAUUGGGGCAAUUUCGGUGGCAUAUUAAGUUUACCCACCUGUCUUAGGCCUUAGGCCAACGUGGUGGAUGAAAGCCUGAACUGUCCCUUACAGGAAGAGGCCCAGCGAUGGGUCAGUAUUACAGGGCUAAUAUUAUAUCUUCCUUCUAGACGUAGUGCUAUAUGGAGCGGAAUUAUUGCGUAUUUUUACUGCCUAUAGUGGCAUAUUAAAACUGAGCUGUUAGAAAUGUCCUAAAAUAAAAAAAAAUUAGAUUAUUUGAUAAAAAUGCUAUAAAUGCCCGCGUUCAUCUGCCUUUCCUUGUCUGAGGGGUUUCUCUAAAGGUCCAAACGCAUAAACAACGAGCGAAAACCAUUUAAAUGUUUUAUCUACCAUCAGGGUCCCUCCGAUAGGGAUUGGCGCUGCAAUCGGGCAUUGGGUAUGUGUAUAGUAUGCUUAAUGUAAAUACAACGCGUAUCAUGUAGUUAAUAGUUUAAGAAACUGCAAAUGUAGUCGACAAGAAGAAA